AUUAUGGCUAAAGUAUUCCGUAUCUGUCAUAUAUUGUGCUUACUCUUAGUCUCAUUUUCAUAUUUAGGAAAACUUUCCGUGUAUGUCAACCAGGAUUACAGUAAAAUAAGUGUAUGGGGUUGUUACCUUGACGAAAACUUAAGACACUACAUCUAUGGCAAAAAGUGCGCAAAUCGAAAGUAAGUGAGACAGGACAGAUAAGAGAGAAGACCGACCCUCCGUUUUCGAAGUCCCUUCCAUGUUUACCUCGCAAGAAGCAAAGCAAAUGUGACGCGUAUCUCAUUGCUGCGAUCUGCCAAGUAUUCCUUGCAUUGAGAACAAAUAUUUUAACCAUGAAGGUGGUAGGAGUCAUUGGUGCUGGGGCAGCAGGUCUCUGUGCUACUCGACACAUCUUGUCCUCAGAGGAGCUGACCCCAAUAGUAUGGGAACAGUCGUCGCAGAUAGGUGGUACAUGGAGGCUCUCGAAAGAUAUUGGGACAGAUAGCAGAGGGUUUCCAGUACACUCAAGCAUGUAUGAGGGCCUGAGGACCAAUUUACCAAAAUUGAUCAUGAAAUUCCCAGAUUUUGACUUUCCAAGUAAGGUAGAAUCUUUUGUUCAUCACUCAGCUGUUCUCAAAUACCUGGAAGAUUAUGCUGAUCACUUCAAUCUUCAUCCAUAUAUUAAACUGGGCCACCAUAUAGAGAAUGUGUCUGUAUUGGAGAGUGACGAAGGGCCUCCAUGCUGGGCUGUUACAGUGAAAGAUCUGUCCACUGAUGUAGUCAGUACUGUCACCUGUGAUGCCUUGCUUGUUUGCAAUGGGCACUACUCCACGCUUCAAAAGCCACUUAUUGAAGGGAUUGAGGAUUUCAAGGGUCGACAAAUUCACAGUCAUGACUAUCGUGAACCAUCACCAUACACAGAUUCCAGAGUUAUAAUCCUUGGUGCUGGGGCCUCUGGGCUGGAUAUUUUAAUGGAAGUAUCUGCUGUUGCCAAGGAGGUACUUCUUUCUCACAACCUGCCUGUUCCCUUCCCUUCUGAGUUGCCUCCAAAUGUCAAACAAGGUUCAGGCAUAAUGAAAGCUUCCGAAAAUGGCUUUUAUCUUAAAGACGGAAGUUUCCAAGAAGCAGAUUGCAUAAUAUACUGCACUGGCUAUAAAUAUACCUUCCCAUUUCUUGAAGAUAAAUGUGGCAUCACAGUUGAGAAUAACCAUGUAAAACCACUGUAUAAACAAGUUAUCAAUGCUUCCUUUCCCACCAUGGGGUUUAUAGGCAUCCCAUCACGUAUCAUUGUGUUCCCACUCAUAAACUACCAGGUACAGUACUUCCUUGCAACCUUAACAGGGAAAACUCGUUUACCAAGGACAGCUGAAAUGAAAUCAGAGAUUGAGGCCUAUGCUGGAGAGAGGAAGAAGCAAGGAUGGAAAGAAAACCAAUACCACAUCUUGCAAAAUGACCAAUUCCAAUACAUGGAAGACCUGGCAACUCUGGCUGGCAUAGAACUGCCUUCUCCACACCUGAAAAAGAUCUGGGAUGUGGUCAUUCCUCGUGUGCUUUUCUCCUUUCCAAUCUUCAAGACCUAUGAGUAUUCCCUUGGAGAAGAUGGGGCAUUAGUUGAGAAGUGGGAGGGCAAGGUAGUCAGCACAUCAUGGGACCUUACAAUACUGAUAGCUAAACAGGUAUCCCGACUCCUGUGGCGCAAUUUUCCAAAGAUUGCAUAUAUUCUGGGCUCUGCAAUUCUUAAGAAAUUAAAGGGUUUUGUUGGGUUGUGAUGAUCCACGCAUAUUUUCAGAGGAAUGGUAAAAUUUUAUGAGUUUAUGUGGGGUAUGUUCUUUUGUAAUUACUGAUGUAGUUACUUUGGCUGAUUACUUACUGGCCAGAAUGAAUUAAAGUGCUGAUAAUGAAGCAAAAAUACUUUAUGACUAAUGCAAAGUGUAUUUUUGAUAACUGUUAUGGCAAGAUAGAGAAUUUUGCAAGCAUUUUAUAUAUGCUGAAUCAGUAGAAGAGCAUUUAAUUAUUGUCAUAAUGAAUAACAAAUUGGAAAAUUAUAUAUUUUAUAUACUCUUGAUCUUUUGUAAUUGUUAGAUAAUUUUAUAUUCUAUAGUUAACCCACCAUCACCAAUGAAAUGUGUUCACUUUAGUACUGUUUUGUGAAAUGUCUCUGCACAUGGAGAGCUCUGCAAGAGCUUAGCGAUAAAGUAGUCAAUUAGUAGUAUGACCUCACCUGAUUUCAUCUUUCCUUGACUUUGUGGGAUUUAUUUAUUUAUUAUUAUUAUUAUUAUUAUUAUUACUAUUUUAUCUAUCAAUAUCAAUGCUGUUAUUUUUAUUAUAGACAUUAUAAUUAUUAUAUUGUUACUGACAUUACUAACAGCAAUAUAAGAUAUCAGGAUUUAUUUAUAAAAAUCAAGGAGACGGUUAAGCAGGUGAGAUAGGUAGUACUCAUAAUUGGCUCAUUGGUGACUUAGUAACGUUUCAGUAUUCUGGCACUUCCACGAUAUGAAACUGUCUGAACCUUCUUUUAACACUACUUUGUUUAUAGAUAAUUUUAGUUCAAAGAAGGCUGACAAUGACAGAUUAAUAUGUAUCUUCAAUAUUUGCUUUUGUUUGACAUGUAAUAAAUGUUAAUGUACUAAAUGCAUGGAAAUACCUGAAAGACAAAAGAUGGCCAUUUAUAAUAAACCCCCAUUAGAGAAUAUGAUGCUAUGAUGCAUCACAAAAUGUUAUGCUAUGAUCCCAUUUGAGGGUAAACAGGGUAUUUUGAAUAUGCAAGGUAGUAGUAACAGUAUUUAUUUUUUUUAUUGAGAAUUUUCUGCCAUGUCAGCAUCUGAGGUCAUUAGCAGUAUAUUCUAAAUACAGUGAUAGUGUGAGUCUUGGUGGCAAAGCCCCCCAGGAAGGAAGUACUAUAUGACAAAGGUCAUAUGGUGCUAUGGUAAAGUAUAAAAGCAAAAAGGGUUAGGAAUGAGUUAAUGAUUAGGGUAAAGUUACAGGUUGAAUAAUACUAGAGGUUAGUAUAGUAGUGAAGAGGGUAGAGAGGGGGAGCUGUUGGGGUAUGUAUAGAUAAAAUUUGUUAAAAGAGGAAGAAGUUAAGGGAGUAGGGAGCAUUACGAUAAAGUAUUAUGGUGAAAAUGGCAAAAAUUUCUUAACUAUUAGGAUAAGUGGGCAGAUCAAGGGGAUGAAAGAAUGCAAAAGGAAAGAAGAAAAGACCAUGCAAAAUUAGUUGAAGAAAGGGCUGAGGACAAGGCUAAGGGUGACACUCUACCUUGGGCCUCAGUGCCCAUCUCCUAAGCCCCCUCAUGGCAACAACCAAGGGAUUGGGGGGGGGGGGGCUUAGUAACAUUAGAGGAGGCUGUAGAUGAAUGGUAGCUGAUCAAUUCUAGCUUUCUCAAGUUCAGUAAAAGAAUCACACAGUCUCUUUGGGUAUCUUUUGCAGAUGUUUUUUAAUUAACUCCUUGGAUCUGUGUACCUUGCUGCCUGCAUGGUCCGGGCAUUAGGCUUAUUUGAGUGGCAAUUCUCGGGUAUGUGGCUUGUAGAGCUAUCCCACACGAACGCUCAUGUGUGGUGUCAAGACUCGUUACCUCCCCUCUGCAAUGUUAUUUAUCCUUUCUUACUUAAAUGUUUUUUUUGCUUUUUUUGCCGUUUUGCAAGAUGUAUAUUUGUCAUUUGAUAUGCUGUACCAAGAUGGUCAUACAUUGUUUUCCUUGCAGUAAAUCGAAAUCUCCCACUUCCUUCAACUUCCUUGUCAGCAUAAUCUCUUAAUUGGUUGGAAGUAGAAGCGGACUUUAUGUACUGUUCGGAAAUCGGUGAAGCGGGCAUGGCUAAAAAGGGUUUACAGCCUGUUAAGAAAAGAAUACUCCACUGCACGAUGAAUAAUAACCAUAUAUAUUUAAAAUAGAUAUCGUGUGGUAGCGCCUUUAAAAUCAACGCUGUGGUAAUUGUGGUAAACAAACUUGCUGUUAUACAUUCAGAAUUUCUUGUGGCGCAGCAGUAACGAUUCCCAUUCCAACGUCGCUGGUAAAAGGUAUGAAAUGUGAAUAAACCUUCCCCUGAGAAGAGUUAACUGGUAUUCAGUGCACCUGCUCGCUGUAUGGCGGUUUAUAUUAUUUUUCUGUAGAGAUAACGUAGCACGGGCUCAUUGGUCAUUCAAGCUACUCAGAGAAAGCAACUAAUCAUAAAUGGAAUAACCUGUGGGAUUAUGAUGAGCCGUUUUGAUUAAAUUUAGCAAUUGAAAGAAUGUGUGUAUGUAAACAAAGUGUAUGGAAUGUAUUAUCUUUAGAUAAUUUUUGAUUGAAUAUAACAAAUGAUAAAA